CUGGGUUAUUUUUCAUGAUUCAAGGAAUCUGUUGCGAUCCUCAAACCCUUCUUCUGAUCUCACUGGACGGAUUCCGCUGGGAUUUUGCAAGCAAGGCGAAAACUCCUAACCUGGAUAUGCUGGUAAAAACAGGCGUCACAGUGCCUUAUGUUAGAUCUGUUUUUCCGACAGUCACUUAUGCAGGGCAUCAUAGCAUAGUAACCGGCUUAUACCCAGAAAGUCACGGAAUAGUCAGCAAUACCAUGUACGAUCCAGUUCUUAAGGAGUGGUUUGGGGCAUCUCAGACAGAUCCACGAUGGUGGAAUGCAGCAGAGCCCAUUUGGGUAACGAACCAGAGACACAAAGGAAGAAGUGGAUUGCUUUACUGGCUAGGGGAACGCGUCAAAAUAAAGGGAAUGUAUCCUAAAUACAAAAUUAAUUCCGCCUCGCCACAUAUUGACUUCACGAACAGCACAGGGAAGGUAAUGAGCUUUGAAAAACGCGUGGAGAAACUAAUUAGCUGGUUGACUGGUCCAAAACCGCCGAAUUUUGUGGCUGCUUACUUUGAAGAACCAGACAAAACUUGUCAUCACAAAGGGUGGCCAGAUCUACCUCUUGCUAUACAGCGAGUGGAUAAAACCAUCGGCUUGGUCGUGCAAGGUUUAAAAAAACAUCAUCUGUUCGAUAAAGUUAACAUCAUAGUCACAGCGGAUCAUGGCAUGGCUAACACGUCAUGCGACAAAGUGAUUGAUCUCGACAAGUACGUCAACCCAGACAACUUUGAGUUUUGGGAUUCCUGGUUUAAUAUGAUGCUUGCGCCGAAAGCUGGCAAGACAGAGGAGGUGUACGAGCGGCUAAAAAAUGUCCCACAUUUGCACGUUUAUCACAAGAAAGACGUUCCCAUGGAUUUACACUGCAGAAAUAAUCAACGCAUUUCACCGCUUGUGCUCAUUCCAUCAGAGGGCUGGCUUGUGAGUUCCAAAAAGGGCAGGCUUAUAAAAAUCUCAAAGGACAUGCACUGGGUAGAACUUAACCACGGUAUUAGUUGCAAAUGCAAGUCAAUGUCUACUUCUUUUAUUGCGCACGGGCCCGCAUUCAAAGUCAAUUUCACAGGCAAACCGUUUGAAUCGGUCAGCAUAUACCCACUAAUGUGCAAGAUCUUGGGAAUUCCCCCACAGCGGAAUAAUGGUAGUUUAGAUGAGACUAGAGAUUUAUUAAGGCCCAAAAUGUUGUCAAAUAAUAACAUAAAAAUGUGAGGGUUUCUCCAAUCAUUUGGCAGUCCAUAUUUAACGCUGUGCAAACCUACCCCGGAGGUGGGGCUGGCGUAUUUAUUUGUAGGACUUAAAAAAAGAGGCAGUGGAAAUAGGGAGGGGUUGAACGCCCUUGAGUUGCUCACAGUCGGGGUUAAACAUCAGAGAUGCAGCGGAGUGUAAGAAAGUUUGGGAAAGCGCUAAUUGAUCAUUUUUCCUUUCCUCUCCUUCUCAUUGUUUUUCGAUCGAGAGCCCGACACACCAAUGCUAUGACAGCAGAAGUUCUUCAUAAUGUGGCCCUGCGUCAAGCAAUACCGUUUCCGUUCAUCGGAAAGCCCACAUAAUAAAAAGCUUUUACAUACACUUGUCAAGGAUAGGGGGAUUACUAGCAACUUGAAGCUCCAAAACGGGGGAGAGGGAGUGGGAGGGGGCACCUAUUAUAGCGUUAUGACUCGACUCGGCUCCAAUCUCCUAUGACAAGAAUUAGACUUAACUGUUAGAAGAGGUCAUAGCAUAGCGCUCCAAUAGUAGAUGGAUGCAAAGAGCAACAAACAAAACAACCACAAAAUCAAAAUUAAUGCAGCUUUAAUAUGAGGUACUUUUCCAUGUUAUUCCUAUUUGCAGUAUAGCGGUGCUUAGAUCACCGAACCGAGGUAACUAACUCUUUAGAAUGCAACAAAUUCUGCAGUGAAUAAGACAAACCAGCCUUGUAAUAUUAAGCUCUUUAACCCAACACAAGGCCUUUUUAAUUUUGCAUAAAAACGAGUGUGUGUGCAGUUUAACGUAGGUUAACCUUACUUCAAACAUUUUUCAAGCCACCAACUUGUUUUGGACAACAACUUAAACCAGACCCUGGAAAAAUUUUCCAGUGUCAGCUAAUACUAAAAUGAAAGUGUCAUCUAAUACUAAGAUGAAAGUUACGGACGGAGCGACUGUUUCAACGACCUCUGAAUAUAAUGAAAAAUCCUCUAAACUACAACGCAAAGCAAUUAUGAAUAAGGAGACAGAGAAUAAAA